CGUCAACUACCGGACCAACUUUUUCCUUGACAGCCCUGGUUAACUGUUCCAUCUGUGUCUGUGUUCAUCUGGUUCUCUGAGCGGCUGUAGUGAGAGCACAAACAGUUGAAAGUUCAGACUCCUACUGGACUGAAACAAGUGGAGGGAAGUUCAUCUGAACUGGAAGACAUCUGGAUCCCUGCAGUUGUCUCAUUCACACAUCUGCUACUGCUGCUACUGCUACUACUGCUGCUGUUUCUGAGGACCGCUGCCAAGGUAGAAGAACAAGUGCCUUGCUCAAAGGCAGCUCAGUUGUAUGUGGUAAGGAAGGGGAGAUCAGCCAAUUAAACGCUCAAGUGGGUGCAGACUUCUGGAUCUGCACUUUCCAGUCUUCGUAUCCUAAAUCAGUCAGGUAAAUCUUGUACUUGCAGUGUAACAGGUGAGCCCGGUUUAAGAAUCUGAGCCAACUUUUGACCCAUUAUGGCCGACUGGAGCCUUCUGGGAAACUUUCUGGAGGAAGUACAGGAGCAUUCUACCUCUGUGGGAAAGGUGUGGCUGACCAUCCUGUUCAUCUUCCGUAUCCUGGUGCUGGGGACGGCUGCUGAGUCGUCCUGGGGAGACGAACAGGAAGAUUUUAACUGCGACACUGAACAACCAGGCUGCGAGAACGUCUGUUAUGACCGCGCGUUCCCUAUAGCACAUAUAAGAUACUGGGUGCUGCAGAUAGUGUUUGUGUCGACUCCCAGUCUCAUCUAUAUGGGCCACGCCAUGCACACUGUCCGCAGAGAGGAGAAGAGGAGGAGCAGGGAGGAGGAGAUGGGGGAGGCCGAGGAUGACCCAGGGGGAGGUGACGGAGGAGGUGACAGGGGAGGAGGAGACAAACCGCAGAGGAGAGGAGACAAGGAUGGAGGAAAGGAAAAAAGUGAAGGUCCAUCAGCUGGUCGAGUUCGUCUGAGAGGAGCUCUGUUACAGACCUACGUACUGAGCAUCCUGAUCAGAAGCAUCAUGGAGGUGGUGUUUCUGUGUCUGCAGUAUUUCCUCUAUGGGAUCUUCCUCAACCCUCUCUAUGUCUGCAAGGCCUGGCCAUGUCCACAUCCAGUGAACUGCUACGUGUCCAGACCCACUGAGAAAAAUGUCUUCAUCGUGUUCAUGUUGGCUGUGUCUGCUGUCUCUCUGGUCCUCAGUGUGCUUGAACUGCACCACCUGGCAUGGAGACACUGCUGCAGGCGGUUCUUCUUCCGUGGGAAAGCUGUUAAACCUGUUGAAGCCUCACUGGGCCGCCAGCUCUCUCUGUCUCCUCCACCGCCGUCGACCCCGCCCCCAGACUUCAGCCAGUGCGUUAUUGGCUCUUCACACUUCCUGCCCCUCCCUUUUCCCAACCACCGCCUAGCUAACCAGCAGAACUCGGAGAACAUGGCUACUGAAAAGCACAAAAUGGCCACAGCUGUGGAUGAGGAGAACUUUCUCCAGGUGAACUGUUAUGCAGCUGAAUGGCAGAAGUCGGGAAACAGUCAGAGCCAAGAUGGCGGAUACCUGAGGACUGACGCUGACCGUUACAGCUCAGGAAACAACCCUCCAAAUCAAAACAGCGGCUCAGACAAGCUGCUGCUGUGCCCAAAUGGAGGGCUCAGUCAGAAGGACAAACGGAGAUUCAGCAAAACCAGCGGAACAAGCAGUCGAACACGAGCUGAUGACCUUUCAGUUUAACGAGGAAACUGAACUGAGCAAACCGAUAGAUGUAUAUGACACAAUUAAAGGUGAACAAUAGUAAUACAAGCUUUUAUGAGACUGAGCCUUCUCACUUAUCUAUGUCCAUUUACAGACAGGUCACAAAGUAAAGGAAAACCCUGAUAGGAAUGUUUCAGAGAGAUAAUGCCUCAAUCCAAAGGGCACAGCAACUCACUUAAUGGUUUGAUGAGCCUAAAAAUGAUGUGAAUAAUAUCCACACUCAGUAUAUAUCAGCACAAAAGAAUGGGGACUUUGGAAUCACAUGUUAACACUCAUCACCCCCAUCAUCAAUACAGA